CGGAGGAGGUCGGCGUCGGGCGCGUGCCCCCCGCCACUGCUGGCCGUGCAUGGGGGUCCGCAGCCUGCGGGCGGCGGCCAGGGCCCUGAGGAGAGCCUGCGGACCGUGGACCCCGCGCCUGGGACCGCGCCUUCUCUGGUCGCCCCCCAUGGCUGGGAACGUGAAGGCCCCCGCCCCCGUGGGGGCCGGGCAGGAGCAGGACAGGAAGGCCCGGAGUGGCUGGCAGGGCGGGGCCAGGACCUGGGAGGAAACGGAGCAGCAGGCGAAAAAGCUCAAGAGCAGCGGCGCCGAGUUCGGGGAGCAGCGCAGGAAGCUGCCCAAGCGGAAGAUUGUGUUGCUCAUGGCCUACUCGGGGAAGGGCUACCAUGGCAUGCAGAGGAAUGUUGGGUCCUCGCAAUUCAAGACCAUCGAGGAUGACUUGGUGUCCGCCCUGGUCCGGUCAGGCUGUAUUCCUGAAAAUCAUGGUGAAGACAUGAGGAAAAUGUCCUUCCAGCGGUGCGCCCGGACAGACAAGGGUGUGUCCGCAGCUGGCCAGGUGGUGUCCCUGAAGGUGUGGCUGAUUGACGACAUUUUAGAAAAGAUCAACAGCCACCUUCCGUCUCACAUUCGGAUAUUGGGACUGAAGAGAGUCACGGGCGGCUUCAACUCCAAGAACAAAUGUGACGCCAGGACCUACUUCUACAUGCUGCCCACGUUUGCCUUCGCCCACAAGGACCGCGACGUGCAGGACGAGACCUACCGGCUGAGCGCAGAGACGCUGCAGAGGGUGAACAGGCUCCUCGCCUGCUACAAGGGCACCCACAACUUCCACAACUUCACCUCGCAGAAGGGGCCCCGGGAGCCCAGCGCCCAGCGCUACGUCCUGCACGUGUGCUGCGAGGAGCCCUUCGUGCGGGAGGGCAUGGAGUUCGCGCUGAUCAAGGUGAAGGGGCAGAGCUUCAUGACGCACCAGAUCAGGAAGAUGGUCGGCCUGGUGGUGGCCAUCGUCAAAGGCUAUGCCCCCGAGAGCGCGCUGGAGCGCAGCUGGGGGGAGGCGAAGGUGGACGUGCCCAAGGCGCCGGGGCUUGGCCUCGUCUUGGAGCGGGUGCACUUUGAGAGGUACAACCAGCGCUUCGGCAACGACGGACUGCACGAGCCGCUGGACUGGGCACGCGAGGAGGCGGAGGUCGCGGCCUUCAAGGAGCAGCACAUCUACCCCACCAUCGUCAGCACUGAGCGGCACGAGAGGUCCAUGGCGCAGUGGCUGAGCACCCUGCCCGUGCACGACUUCAGCGCCACUGCCCACGCGGCAGCCGGCCCAGGCGCCGAGGUCCCCAGCCCCCUGGAAGGCAGUGAAGGGGACGGAGACAGCGACUGAGGCACGGGCCGCCCACCAGAGCGUCUUGGAGUUGGUCUGCGAUAGGGCUGCAUUCCUCGCUGAGACAGGAGAGCCUAGCUCUGGCCUCACAACCUCAGGAUCUGGAGACCUGCAUCACUGCGUUUUCAUCCAGGGAGAACCUGCCGCAAAUCUCUUUUCAGCUUGUGUGUAGACUACAUACACUUCAGCAUGUAAAGAGACUUUUUGUGUGUGUGUGUGUGUGAGGAAGACUAGCCCUGAGCUAACAUCUGUGGCCAAUCCUCCUCUUUUUUGCUGAGGAAGAUUGGCCCUGGGCUAACAUCCGUGCCCAUCUUCCUCUACUUUAUAUGGGAUGCCACCACAGCAUGGCUUGACAAGCGGUGCGUCGGUGGGCGCCCAGGAUCUGAACCUGCGAACCCUGGGCCGCUGAAGCGCAGCGCAAGCACUUAACCGCUGUGCCACCCACCGGACCUGAAGACACUAUUUUUUUAAAGAAGCAAUUUUCUUAUUAAAUAAGUACGAACUUUG